GUCCCUAUUCAUUUUCUUCCUAAAAUUCCCUUUUGUUCUCCCUUUUCUUCUGCCCAACCCUUCUGUUCUUCCUUUUCUUCUCUGCUUAUCUCAAGUAAAAGCGAGUCAUACCAUUUCUCCUCCUUUUCAUUUGUUUCAUUUGAUUCGAUGGAAAUCAAAGUUCUUCCCGACGGAAUCCGUUUAUCUUCCCUCCCUGAGAAGUACGUCCGAGCUGAAUCGGAUCGGCCGAGGCUGUCAGAGAUCGCCGAGUUCCACGAUGUUCCAGUCAUCGAUUUGCUGGGGUUGGGUUGCGGAGACGCAAACCUCGUGGUCAAACAAAUCGAAGAAGCCUGUGGCGAAUUUGGAUUUUUCAAGGUAAUAAAUCAUGGGGUACCAAAGAAAGCGAUAGAAGACAUGUUGAAAGUAGUCCAAGAAUUUAAUGAGUUGCCAGUGGAGGAGAAGAAGAAGCUCUUCUACUCUGACGACCCAUCAAAGACCCUGAGGCUAUCCACCAGCAACUUCAAUGAGAAAACUCAUAACUGGAGAGACUAUCUCUGCCUUCCAUGUUGCAAGAAGAAAUACUCACCAGAAUGGCUUUCAAACCCUUCUUUUUUGAGGGGUAUUGUGAGCAAUUAUGUGAAGGAAGUUGGAGAACUGGGAUUUGUGUUAGAAGAAGUGAUAUCAAAAAGCUUAGAUCUGGAAAAGAGUAGCAGCAUCCGGGAAGUGUUGGGCGAGCAUAUGACCGUCAACUUCUACCCUCCGUGCCCAGAGACUACUUACGGUUUGCCGGGACAUACUGAUCCCAAUGCCCUCACCAUUCUCCUUCAAGACACACAGGUUUCAGGCAUCCAAGUCCUCAAGGAUGGCAAAUGGUUGGCUGUGAAACCUCACCCAGAUGCCUUUGUUAUCAAACUUGGUGAUCAACUGCAGGCACUCAGCAAUGGCAAGUAUAAGAGUGUAGGGCUCAGAGCUAUAGUGAACAACGACGACAGAGCAAGAAUGGUGGUCACGUCUUUCAAAAUGGAUAAUCACAGUAAUAGCAAUAUCGCUGCAAUGCCGCCACUUGAAGCCCAUCAUCAACAACCUGCUAUGAUGCAUCAAUAUCUCCUCCCGCCAGCCUAUUAUCACGCUCCGCCGUACCCUGCGCAUGAUCAGGCCACGCCACCACAUCAAGGGUCUGGAGUUUGGAGCAAAGUUCGUAAGUUGGGGGGACGUCUUGCAGCUGGAUUGGUCAUUAACGAAAUUGUUGAUCAACUCGAUGAUCAACUCGAUGACUUCGAUAUAUAACAUUAUUUGUGCACUAUAUGUGCACGAACAGUAAUGGAUUGUUAGGAACUUUGUGUAAUAAAUUUGAUGAACUCAAUGACUUCGAUAUAUAACAUUAUUUGUGCACUAUUUGUGCACGAAUAGUAAUGGAUUGUUUUCAAAAAUGUAAUGGAUUGUUAGGAACUUUGUGUAAUAAAUUUGCACGAACUUUGUGUAAUAAAUUUGUAAGGACAAGAUGAAUAUUUUAAUUUGUACUUCAAUUAUUUUCUUCA